AACAAUGAUGCACUUAAUACAACUCUGGGCGGUGCUCAGAAAAAGGUUGUUACUGAGUGGCGCCGCUUCGACAAAAUUUUGAUUAUUAUUGGACUUUUUUUCUUAAACUUUAUUAUUGCCAUGUACACAAGCUCCACCACUACAGUGCAGCCCAAUGUUCUCAGCGACUUUAAUGCCAUGUCGCGCGCCGGUUUUAUUGGAACAACAUCUAACGUGCUGAUUGCCGUUAUACGUCCUGUUUUUGCCAAAAUGUCUGACGUAUUUGGCCAUUUUCAGGCCCUACUGCUGGCCAUGGUGUUUGAGGUGCUGGGCUCGUUAAUAUGUUCCUUUUCCAAUAACUUUUCGACUAUUUUUGGCGGAACUUCUAUUUCGGUGCUAGGUCAAGCCGGCUAUAAAACCUUGGUGGCAAUUAUUCUCGCCGAAAUACUGCCUAUUCAUAUGCGAGCAUCGGUUGCAGCUUACGUUUCUGUUCCAAACAUUGUUAAUUAUUAUCUAGGAGUUGAGGUCGGUAAUAGCUUGAUUGACAGAUGGCAGUGGGUCUAUGGAAUUCUGGCCAUUCUGGCUGUUGCCUGCGCUAUGCCGGCACUCUGCAGCUUAUACAUCCAGGACAGACGUGCGCGUGCUGUUUUAAACAGCAUUUCAGAAUUAAAGGCUGAAAACAAUAGGAGUCCAAUAUUGAAGCGCAUCAAUAAUGCGCUCGUAGAUCUUGACAUUUUCGGACUUGUCCUGAUCAGCGGCGGCCUUUUGGCCUUACUUGCGCCACUUGGCAUGGAGCUUAACAUUAUGUAUGGAUGGGGCAGUGUGCAAUUCAUUGCGCCCCUCUGCAUCGGUGCACUUGUCCUGACCAUAUUCGUGUACUAUGAGCGUUUUGUGGCAAAAUUCCCCCUGGUGCCCUUCAGGUUGUUCAAGUCGCGCACAUUCACCUGCGCCAUUAUUGCCAACAUAUUCUUCAACUACUCAUCCAAGAUCUCACUAUAUUACUUCAACCCUUACACUCAGGUCACAAGCGAGGUAUCAUCAAGGACAGCCAUGUUUUUACAGCUUGGAGCCACUGGGUUCUACAUUGGCAUGUUUCUUGGCGGCCUAGCAAUGCAGUACUCCAAGCGGUACCGCCGCUGGUCGUGGAUCGGCUGGGCACUAUGGCUUGUCAAUAUUUGCAUAAUGGUUCACUCGCGCGGCGGAAAAGCAAAUGGAGUAGCCAUUACAGAGAUUGCCAUCGUGCAGCUUCUGCAAGGUAUCGGCGAUGGCAUAGUUACCUGCUGCGUCGGUAUUGGAAUUCAAGCAUCCGUAUCUACUGUAGACUUGCCGAUUGCCAUAACAUUGUAUAGCAUGGUGGCUUGUCUUGGAAACGUCCUGGGCGAAGCCACAGCAACAACCGUGUGGGUCAACACAUUGCCCUCAAAGCUCAAGGGACACAUGCGCAUGGAUGUGGAUAUUGACAGCGCGAUCAACAAUAUUAAUUACUUUUUAGGAUUGCCUGUGGACCAGCGAGCCAUUGUGCAGGAUGCGUAUGUGAGUACACAAAAGAAUAUUACUUUUUGCUGUAUUGUCUCGAUGCUUAUAGCUGGAAUUGCUAUGUCUGGACUUGUACCCCAUGACUUGUCUGAAAUCAGCGCAGAUAAUGAACCAGUUAAUAAGGAGAAUGUGCUGGAUCAAAAGGAUUCGUCUGCGGAUAUUUCCCUAGACUUUGUGGAAAAACUUCAAAAAUAAGUUUGGGUAGAUACAAUCUAUAUUAAUUAAAAUAUAACUGUUAGUAAUUUUGUUGAACAAAAAAGUUAGCUUAUAUAAAACAUUAUAUCAGCAUUUUUAGCUUGAAAAGUUUAUUU